AUCUAAUUCUUUUCUUUACCGGCUGCCUCACUUUGAUUCGUUUAUGAAUCAGAAAAUUCCUAUUCCAACGACAAUGGGGCAAUGGCGGGCGGCCGGGAGCUGGAGACAACGAUUGUUGGCGAGAACGGGGGACUUUGAAAAGAAAAGGCGGCUGAUUGAUGGAGACGGCGACGGAUUGGAAACAGAGAGAUGGCAACGGUGAUUUGUGUUUCCUGAGGCGGAGCUGUAGCUGGAGGGCGGCGAUUGGCGAUGGAAGUCACUGACGGCGACUUGGAGCUGGAAGUUCACGGCGGCAAUGAAAUGGGAGCCGCGGUUGCAGAUGGCGACGAGGGAUUUGAUGAACAAGGGAGCCGGUUAGUCGGACCGGCGCCUGGAGAGGACAACGACGAUGAGUCUCAUCCGGCAAUGAACAGAGAAUAUAGCGGCAACAGUGAUGUUAAAGGCGGAUUAUAAAUUUUAGGUUUUUAAUGAAUAUGUAAUGAGGUAGAAAUUAUUAUAUAUAUAUUUUUAUUUUUUAAUAGCCACGUCACUAAUUAAACGGUCAACUAUAAAUAUUGACUGCCACAUCAGCAAAAGAUAAUGGAGACUAAUGGUGAGUGACCAAAUAUGAACUAUUGAACUAAUCUUAGUGACCACGAAUGGAAUUAAAUAUUUGUAGUGACCAAACAUAAACGUUUUUUGUAAACUCAGUGACCAACCUUGCAAUUUACUCUAGUUUAAAUUUUAGUCAGCUAUAGCCCCUCAUGACUUCAAUCUAUCUCCUUCCCUGAUAAUAUUACUAUAUAUAAAGCUCAAGUAUGGUUAUUGUUGCAUAAGCAACUACACUUUGAUACCCCAAAUUUAAUUAAGUUACAACUUAUUCAUUAUAAUUUACAUUUUACAUUUUGAUACCUCAAAUUUAAUUUAAAUGUGAAAUCGUUGUUUUGGUAUCUAAAAUUUAUGAAAUUUUCAUACCUACAAUUUUUUUUAAUGUAGAUAUGGUGCAAUGUUUAGAUUUCACUUGAAUCCAAUUCACCAAUCCAUGAAUCCAAUCCACAAUAACAUAAAAGUAUAAAUUUAGUAUGUACCAUACACAAGUUUGGUUAGUGUAUUAAUUAGGUUAUAACUUAGUCAAUAUAAUGUACACUUCACAUUUUGAUACCCCAAAUUUAAUUAAGUUACAACUUAAUCACUAUAUUUAUAUUUUAUUUAUAGAUACCCCAAAUUUAAUUUAAAUUUGAAAUCGUUGACAAUUAUGUUUCGCUAUCUCAAAUUUAUGAGAUUUUCGUACCUACAAUUUUUUUAAUUUAUAUAUGGUCCAAUGUUUAGCUUUCACUUGAAUCUAUGAAUCUAAUUCACCGAUCCUUUUGAACCAAUCCAUGAAUCCAAUCCAUCAUAACAUAAAAGUAGAAAUUUAGUUUGUACAAUACAAGUUUGGUUACUGUUUUAAUUAGGUUAUAACUUAGUCACUAUAAUGUACAUUUUACAUUUUGAUACAACAAAUUUAAUUUAAAUGUAAAAUCACUGAAUAUUUAUGUUUUUGUAUUUAAAAUUUAUGAGAUUUCGUACCUAUAAUUUUUAAAAUUUACAUAUUGGUCCAAUGUUCAGAUUUCACUUGAAUCCAAUCUACGAAUCCUUAAACCAAUUUAUGAGUCCAAUCCACCAUAACAUAUAAGUAUAAAUUUAGUUUGUACCAUACAAUUUUGGUUACUUUUGCAUAAACAACUGCAUUUUGAUACCCCAAAUUUAAUUAAGUUACAACUUAGUGACUAUAAUGAACAUUUUACAUUUUUUAUGUCUAAAUUUUAUGAGAUUUUUGUACCUACAAAAUUUUAAAUUUACAUAUUGGUCCAAUGUUUAGAUAGCACUUGAAUCCAAGAGUCCAAUCCACCAAUCCUUUUGAACCAAUCCAUGAAUCCAAUCCACCAUAAUAUGAAAGUAUAAAUUUAGUUUGUACCAUACAAGAUGUUGUAUUACUCAACUGUAGGAGAAGAUUUGACAAUUUUCUCAUUACGUGAUAUAUUAAAUAAAUGAUAAAAGAGAGACGACUCUAAAAUAUUGCAAGAUCGAAUUUAUAAACUUAUAUAGUACAUUUACGGGUACUAAACAAGCUUCUACUAACUACAUGUAACAAAAUAUGCGACAUCUACAUAGGCGAAUGUCAAUAAAUUGCUACGUUGAAAAGGUCGACUGUUGGAUUGACGGCCAACUAAAAGAAUUUGUCAAAAUUUUUCCAUCAUCUACUUCCUCUUCGUUUUAUUUUUCACUCGCCUUCCAUAACCCUAAUUAGUAUACUAUUUUUAUUUAUUAUAAUCACAAGUAUGAAACGAAUCCAUACACGACUCACCAACAGUCGAGAGAAUUAAUAAUAGAACCAUGCACCACAAACUUUUUUAGCUCAAUAUCGAGUACAAUUAAAAAUAAAUAUAUAUGGUUAUUAAUUAUUAAAAAAUCGUCAUUUUUCAU